GAUUGUAACGAAUGCUAACGAAUCGUGGUUAUUUUAUACAUCAAGUAGAUUUAUUUAUUUUAAUAACUUGUAGUGUUAACGGAUAUUAAUAAUGUGACCCUUUUUCCUGUUUUAUGUAUACCCUUUUUUAAAUGAUUAAAUUGGUCUCGAGAAGAUUACAUGGCGUAUAAUGAAAAUUCCAGCAGCUCCAGCAUGCAGGAUGACCAGUCGAAGGCGUCUCUGCAAAUGCAGAUAGAGCGCCUUCAAGUAUUGCGGGCGAAGCUUAACACUGUAGCAGAAGAGGAUUAUGUCAUCGUUAAAGAAGAAGUACAACGUAGCGGCUAUGAGUCGGAGAGUAGCGAGUAUUCAGAGGACUCGGCGGCGGCCUACGAGGAUGUCACGACUACAACCAAAAGCUCUGGGUCGAGGAAGAAUAUCAACAGGGGGAGAUGGACGAAGGACGAGGACAAAAGGCUCAAGAUGUACGUGAAGAUGUAUAACGAGAACUGGGAGCUGAUCGCGUCGCAGUUUUCAGACAGGUCCGAUGUUCAGUGCCAGCAGCGCUGGACGAAGGUCGUCAACCCCGAGCUAGUCAAGGGACCGUGGACCAAGGAGGAAGAUGAAAAGGUCGUAGAGUUAGUCCAAAAAUAUGGUCCCAAGAAGUGGACAGUCAUCGCACGACACCUCAAGGGCAGAAUAGGUAAACAAUGCAGAGAGCGAUGGCACAACCACUUGAACCCUUCCAUAAAGAAGACCGCGUGGACGGAGCACGAAGAUCGCGUCAUAUACCAGGCGCACAAGCAGCUAGGGAACCAAUGGGCUAAGAUUGCCAAACUAUUGCCGGGCAGAACGGACAAUGCAAUAAAGAACCACUGGAACUCGACGAUGCGAAGGAAGUUCGAGCCGGAGCUGCUGGACAGCUUCGAGAGCCUGCGCCGGCGGGGGCGGGUAAAGCGCGAUCCUAACCCAUACACUGACCAAAGUGAUACACAAGUGACGGUGCAAGUCGUAUAUAACGAUGACUGGGACUCAUUCAACGACUCGAGCCAAAGUGGCUCAAGUCAGCCGGCCUCCAAGCAAGUGAUGCGGUUCCGCCAACUGUUGAAGGAUCAGCUCAGCAACAUCCAGCAACAGACGUUGGUGCGGGUCAAGUCGCCCGACCGCGGGAACCUGGUCGCGGCCGACGUGGAGAUCUGUGAAUCGCCGUUCAAAUUCAUCAACCUGGAAACGUUACCCACGGAUUCUCCUCUCAAAAACUACCUUUCCAACGCAUCUGGUACUUCUAACAAAGAUAAUGUCGUAACAUACGCCGUGCAAGCCGACUCGACGCGCGAGAUCGUGGUGCCGUCGUCCGUGUACAUGAGCCCCAAGAAGUCCUCCGUCACCAGCAGCCCGCCGCCCAUCCUCCGCCGGAGGAACAAGAAACCCAACAUGAACACGCCUAACCGUAACACUUGGUCAGAGACCAUAAACAAAGCGAUGGAGACGACCGGGGCGACGCCCAUCAAGGCGCUGCCGUUCAGUCCUUCUCAGUUCCUCAACUCGCCCGCCGCUCUCUCUUUCCCUCCGUUUGAAGCCACGCCCUCCUCGCUCUCGCAGCAGCUGCAUACUAAGGAUUGGGGUCCACUGGCGAGUCCCUUGCUGCACACGCCCACGCCCGCGCUGGCCUGCAGCCCCAACCUCACGCCCGUCAACAGCCACACCAAGCACAGGAGUAACACACCCAAAACUCCAACUCCCUUCAAAAUUGCAAUGGCGGAGAUUAGCAGAAAAUCUGGUAUUAACUACGAGCCGUCGAGUCCGGGUGUUCUCGUGAAGGACAUCACUGAGAUCAUCGAACGGGAGGAGUCCGACAGCACGGUGCAGCUCAACGACUCCAUGCUGUCGUCCACGGCUGAUCAAGACGGGACGGCUGUUCAGGCUCACGACUCCGGCAUCGGCACCUUGAAGCGGCGCGCGUCCGACCAGGGCAAGGAGAACCAGCCGAGCGUGGGGAGCGGCGCGGGCGCGGGCGCGGGCUCGACGAGCUCGAGCGCGAGCGCGGGCGCGGGCGCGGGCGCGGCGCCGCACAAGAAGGCGCGCAAGGCGCUGGCGCACGCGCACUCCUGGGGCACCGCCACCUCCACGCCCAGCGCCGCUAGGGUGCCCGACGUCGCCUUCAUCGUCGAGACGCCGAGUAAAACACUUGCCGGUGACAGUUCAGUGAUGUUCUCGCCGCCCUCCAUCGUGAAGAACUCGCUCGCCGAGGAGUCCACCAGCCUGCACAGCCUGAUGAGCGCCGAAAACACCCCCGAAACCCUCAAAUACGAGGAGCUUGAUAUUGAAACGGUCGAAAAAACGAAGGUCCGCCGCAUGUCCGAAGAGCCGGUGGUGGUGAAGAAGUCCGCCGUGCGCUCCAUCAAGUUCGAGAAGGAACCCGAUGUCAAGGAGGAGCCCGUUGAGUUCAUACUGAACGACGGGUGGAAGACAUACGCUUGCGGAAAAACGCAUGACCAACUGGAACUGACCAUGCUAGCCCACCAGUACCUCAAGAAAACUGCCCUCAAGCCACGAUCCCUCAACUUUUGAUAACAAUUUAUGAGAACAGAAUCGUCACAAAUAUUUUUUUUACAUCGAGUUUUUUCCGUGUGAUAUCGUUUUAUAAAUGGUGAAUGGAAUGCAUGUGCAUGUAAACUACAAGUUCUACUUUCAUCCACCAUGCUAAUACUACUACGAUACAAUAUACAUUCAAUUGAACACAGUGCUUGUGAUAAGUUGUCAAUAAUUUUUGUAUGAUUCUGCACUUAUUAUGUCAAAGGUUAAAUCAAAGUUAUUGAUACCAUUUUGUAGUUAUUUAUUUUUGAUUAAUUGUCAAGAGUUCUUCCAUUUCCAUAAAACUUAUAUUCAGGCUUACAUCUUCUUUAAUAGCUCCUAUCAUGUGAAUACAUUUGACUAUAGUUAUUUUCUAGUAUUUAUAUAAUUUUAAGGUUCCUUUUUUUUAAUAUUUGUGUGUGAACACGUCAUUACGCUUUUAGAUUAUCGUGUUAGAUAAGUAUUUCUAUUACAUACUAUUAUGAUAUUUAACAAUAUCACUAUUCACUUGGAUUUAUAUUGGAAUUCUUUACAAUCAUUCAGAAAUUUAAUGUUUAACUUGCGUGUUUGUGAACGACGGUUCAAGCGAUAGAUUGUUUUACUAAAAUAAAUAUCACUUGUACCUUUUCCGUAUAUAUUUAGGUGUUAUUGACACCAAAGUGCACAUGCUUGUAUUCCGUGCUUAAAAAAUAGUUUUGUACAAUUUUUAAAUCUUCCUAUUUAGUGUUCGUAUAAGUACCUACCUAUGUUAAAAUUUCGGUCUAAGUUUUUGUGGUGUCAUCUUUAAUUUAAGUAAUCUUGUGUAUCUAACUUAAGCUAAAUGUACCGUGAUUUAAGUGAAGCAAUAUUUAUGGUCGAUUUUAUUACGUUAAUUAUAAAAAGUAACUUUAUUUUAUGUUUUUCUUUGUAAUAUUUUAGUUUCGAUUUUGUUUAGUAGUAGAAUAUAAGUUUAAUUCUUCAAAGAACAUUAUGUUAUUUUGCUUAUUUUGGAAUUUAAAAUUUACAGCGAAGGAAAGCUAUUUUAUUUUUUAUUCAUUGACAACUGAAGAUAUUGUUGAACCGAAAACUUUUUUUUUUAAAUGAUAUACUUACAUAAUUAAAUAAGUAAGUAAAGAACACUUUUAUUGUACGAAACGAGAAUAGUUUACAGCAGAUAUAUAAUUUGAUGUUACUAAGUUAUUUAAAAAUAAAUUCCGUUAUGUAAAUCCUUGCGUAUUUAACGAUUUUAGUAACUACAUGUAUAAUUGUUGGUAAUUAAUCUCUCGUAUGUAUGUUUAGACACGGAUCCGUGCGUGGGAAUUAAUCUAUUGUUUUAAAUGUCAAGGUCACUUUGUCAAUGAUCAAAUUUGACAGGCAGCAUACGAGGGGUUAAUUCUAUUAUAAAAUAUAGCUACACCACUGUUAUCAAAAUGCGUAAGCGUGAAAUCACACAAUGAAAUACUUCUAUACCUAGUAUGAAGUAGUAAACAGAUAAUAAAGUUAUGAUUGAUUAAAAACAUGCAUUCGGAAAAUUAUGAAAGAUACAUACAUAUUCUUAAAUAAAUACUCCAGUAGCCUUAUUACGACUGCAUUAGCAGUGUCAAACUGACAUAUUACCUAACGUCUGCUUAACUUACUUUUUAGGGUUCCGUACCCAAAGGGUAAAAACGGGAUCCUAUUACUAAGACUCCGCUGUCCGUCUGUCUGUCUGUCACCACCAGGCUGUAUCUCAUGAACCGUGAUAGCUAGACAGUUGAAAUUUUCACAGAUGAUGUAUUUCUGUUGCCGCUAUAACAACAAAUACUAAAAAGUACGGAACCCUCGGUGCGAGUCCGACUCGCACUUGGCCGGUUUUUAGGGUUCCGUACCCAAAGGGUAAAAAUGGGACUCUAUUACUAAGACUCCACUGUUCGUCUGUCUGUCUGUCACAGGCUGUAUCUCAUGAACCGUGAUAGCUAGACAGUUGAAAUUUUCACAGAUGUAUUUUUGUUGCCGCUAUAACGACAAAUACUAAAAGUACGGAAUCCUCGGUGGGCGAGUUCGACUCGCACUUGUCCGGUUUUAUACAUCUCGCUCGCACUAAUAUGCGAGUACCUACGAGUGAGAUGCACAGAAGGAAAGUUACGCACACGCUAGCGAAUAUGUCAAGUGUCAAACUGGUGGUAGUCGUACAGGUCAUACAUUAAGUUAUUGUACAUUUGAAUUGUACGAGUACUAUAGAAAAUAUUGUCUUUGGUUACCGCGAUAGUUACUCAUGAAAUAAAACUAUGAAAACGGAUUAUAUCGCGUAUAUUGAAUUUAUAAUACAUCCCGACGUACGUACGCCGACGUAUUUACUCGAAAAUAAUUGUAGUGUAUAACUAGCCUUAUGAACCGAUUUUGCAUGUACAACCAGCCUUAAAGUUCUUGUUCAUUAUUUUUAGUAUGUGGGUAUUUUUGCACUUUGUAAUUUUUCCUCAGUCACCCGUUGACCACGAACGCUGUAAAGGGUUCGAAACGUCGGGAUGUAUUAUAAGUUCAAUAUACGCGAUAUAAUCCGUUUUCAUAGUUUUAUUUCAUGAGUACUAUAGAGUUAAAAGUGCUGAUGUAAAUAAUAAAUAAACCGUCAUGUGAAAAUACUAUUAAAUAUCAAAGAGCACCAGGGGCUAGGCCCCUAGGAAACAACACUGUUCAUAGUUUUUUCUAAUCUAUUAUUUGUGAGGUUUUUUAAUGUCUUCUAGGCUAUAUCCAUACCAAACAUGUCCAACACCAAACAUACGAUUUCAACUUAAAACGUUUUAGGCCAAUUUAUGCAUUUUGUUUAAAUAAUUAUUCUAUGCAGCCAGCUUUACCUCAUUAUCUCAUUAAAGUCGUUAAUAUCAACAUGGAUGGUCUCUAAAAUCGUUUUACCUUUGACUUAUACCUAAUCCACCAGCUUAUUCUGACCACCGCAAGCAUAGUAUGAAACUGUUCUACAAAUGAACCCUUAAAUGCAUAGCGAUGGAUGCAGCCUACACAACAAAAACAUCGAUUUGUUCCUGUACAUUUGUUUUGACAGUAAAUUAAUACGUUUUCCGAUUUUUUAUUCAAAGUUCAGUAUUUUAGUAUUAAAGAUUUACAUUUGUUUUAAGACGAAAUGGCGGAAAAUUUGGAAAAAGCCAAAACUUGAUGAUUCUUAGGUAUGUGAUUUAGGCGGUUUCGUUUGGGGUUUGCAAUAAUUCUAUAUUUCAAAUCUUUAUUAUAGGUAUAUCACAAAUAGUGUAAAUUUCCGAUGGUAGUAAGAUUUUUCAUAUACUUAUCUUUUACCAAUAAUAUUAUAUUUACAAAAUUAUGAUUUACCCUAUGUAACUUCUAACACUGAAUUAGCAGUGAAAAUCGAUGUUUUAAUUUUAUUUAUUACGUGACACAUAUUAAUUUCGGGCAAAGAGAAAAAAUCAUGCAUUUAAGGGUUAAAAUUUCAAUAUACCUACAUAAUAUUAACGCUAAGCUUAGGUGGCCAGUGUUUGGUAAAGGCACAAGGCAGGAGUGGCUUUUUAAAACUGUCUAUUUAAUUUUUGCACAUCUGUGAACGUAAAACUUAUUUCUAAAGCGUUUUUAGUACAGUCCAUGGUUUUAAGAAACGGCAGUUUUCAAAAAUCAUUCCUCUACUCAUGAUUCACCAAAACGCCGCGUGCCGGUGUUUUAUUUGGAUGACUUUAUUUUAUAAUUUAAUUAUGUUGUAUUCUUUGACACUCCACGUGUGAAGGUUUCUAUUGUACAUAAUAUAGUUUAGAAAGGUUUGUAAGAAAUAAAGGGUUCAAGAAAAGAA